AUUGGGGGUCGCUGGGGCUGGCUCCCUCCCGACCCAGGGAGAUUGGGGAUCUCAUAAAUUCUGGAUAGCGGGGUCCUGAGAGGGAGGACUGGGCUGGGUAAGGGAUACCCGAUCCGGAACCGAGCUACCUUGAAGGCACCGGGGAGCGCUUCAUUCCGGGAGGGCGUUCCCGCGGCCCGGCCCCCGCGCUGGGGUGGGUAGUGGGGUGCGGCCGCGCCCAGGUCCCGGCCCGCAUCGGGAUUCGGGGUCUCUCUCGCCCUCGGGGACCCGGGAGCCCGGCGGGAGCGGGGUCCCGGCGCCGCCGCCUCCGCGGGCGCCCGGGCGCGCGCGGGGCUUUAUGCGCGCAGGGCGGCGGGGGGAGGAGCCGGCAGGUCGGCCCCCGGCGGGCCCUCCCCUCGGCCGUCCCCGCCCGCCCGCCCGCCCGAGCGGGGUCGGGGGAGGGGGCAGCAUGGCCUGUCCGUCCGGCCCCCUUCGCCGCGCUCCUCAUCUGCCCCGCGCCGAGCGCUGCCGCCGCCGCCGCCGCCGCCGCUCCGCUGCCCGCGCCGCCCGCGGCUCCCGAUGGAGACUGACGCGCCCCAGCCCGGCCUCGCCUCCCCGGACUCGCCGCACGACCCCUGCAAGAUGUUCAUCGGGGGACUCAGUUGGCAGACCACGCAGGAUUGAUCCCAAGGUGGCCUUUCCUCGACGAGCACAGCCUAAGAUGGUGACUCGAACCAAGAAGAUCUUCGUAGGGGGGCUAUCAGUGAACACCACAGUAGAGGAUGUGAAGCAGUAUUUUGAGCAGUUCGGGAAGGUGGACGAUGCCAUGCUAAUGUUUGACAAAACCACCAACCGGCACCGAGGGUUUGGGUUUGUCACAUUCGAGAGCGAGGACAUCGUGGAGAAAGUGUGUGAAAUCCACUUCCAUGAAAUCAACAACAAAAUGGUGGAAUGUAAGAAAGCUCAGCCAAAAGAGGUGAUGUCCCCGACAGGCUCGGCCCGGGGGAGGUCUCGAGUCAUGCCCUAUGGAAUGGACGCCUUCAUGCUGGGCAUAGGCAUGCUGGGUUACCCUGGUUUCCAAGCUACGACCUAUGCCAGCCGGAGUUAUACAGGCCUGGCCCCUGGCUACACCUACCAGUUCCCUGAAUUCCGUGUAGAGCGGACCCCUCUCCCGAACGCCCCAGUCCUCCCCGAGCUUACAGCCAUUCCUCUCACUGCUUAUGGACCAAUGGCGGCGGCGGCGGCUGCAGCAGCUGUGGUUCGAGGGACCGGUUCAACUCCCAGCCGCACAGGGGGCUUCCUGGGGACCACCAGCCCCGGCCCCAUGGCUGAGCUCUAUGGGGCAGCCAACCAGGACUCGGGGGUCAGCAGUUACAUCAGUGCUGCCAGCCCUGCCCCCAGCACCGGCUUCGGCCACAGCCUUGGGGGCCCCUUGAUUGCCACAGCUUUCACCAAUGGGUACCACUGAAGCAGGAUACAGGUGGCAGGAGCGCCCCAGCCUGUGGCCGACUGAGGACCAGGAGUGAGCCAGUGAGGGGAUGGACACCUCAGCCGCAGCCGUCGUCCCCUCUCCUGCAGCAACUCGAACUGCUUCUGCAGGCACCCCCCUGGGCCCAGCGCCUGCCCUGCUGCCUCUGGACAACGUCCGGCUCCCCUACUAACCUCCCACACUUCCACCCUUCGCCCCUCACCUGCCCUCUCCUGCCCGCUUUUAUUUAUUUUGGAUUAGCCGGUUGCCCACCCUACCUUCCCUCUUGGGUCUGUGCCCCUACCUCCCUGUCGCGCCCCCAUAGGACCCCGACCCGAAGGCUUUUGUAUUUGUGCAUAGCUAGAGUGAGGGCGGAGGGCGCCUGCCACAGGACGCAGCCCCAACCCUUGUUUUUUAUUCUGAUUUUUCCUUCUCUUCUGUUUUUUUUUUUUUUAAAGAACUGUUUUUUAAACUAUUUCUAGGUUUGUGAAUGUGAAGUCCCAGGCCACAGGGGGCAAGGGGCCAGGUGCCCCCCACCAGCUGAGAACGAAAUGUCUAUGUGGGUGUGGACCCCUGGCCACCUCCCUCCAGCCCUGGAGAGGAGGACAGGGCUGAGUAGGGCCAGGCCAAGCCCCUGGACCAUCCUGUCCUGUAUCAUAUGUAAAUACUGUGAGGCGAAGUCCCCACCUCUCUCUCAGACCCCUUGGGGGUGAGGGCAUUGCCUGACCCCACCUGGCAAAGGUCUCCCCCAUUCCCCCAUUUCUAUCUCCUCCUCAGACACCGUUACUGUAAGCUUGCAGGCCUCAACUGUGGCUGAGGCAGGCUUGCUCUCAGGCCUUGGGCCUGCUCACCCCGAAAACCCAGUGUGGGGGCAAGGGGGGAGGCAAAGAGCAGGGCUCGCCCAGAGCCACUGCUGGAAAGAAAUUAACUCUCUAAAGGUCUCCCCCAGCCCCUGGCCUAGGCUGGGCCUUCAUGUUUUCUGUCUGAGCCCUGCCGUGAGUGGGCAUCAGGGGGCACUUUGGGAAGGGGCGGACCCCAGGGGAAAGCAAAGGGCUUCUCAGGGAACCCCACAUUCUCACUGAAGUUUCCCACCAGGGUGGUCCCAUGGCUAAAGCCCCUUGGCAGCUCCUCACCCCCAAGUCCCCUUCAAAGGGUCUGACUCUUCAUGAACUGAGUGACCUGGCUGGCGUGGCAGGGCUGAGGCCCACCCGCUGUCAUCCUGUUUCCUUCCCCCUCUCCCCCAGAUCUGAGGCUGGGGACCUAAGUUCCCUUCUGCAUCACAGUCCCCACCCCUUAAAACCCCCUUUGGAGAGUUAAUUGUCUGAGGUGCUUAACCUAUUAGCCCUGAGAACACAAAGCAAUAAUCUUUGUUACUGAGAUACGCGGCUGUUCGUGGUGUUUGUUUUUUUUUUAAUGUUUCCUAAUAAAAGAGAAGCUGCAUUUUAUUGGGUUUUAUUUUUAAUUUUCUACACGUUUGAGCUGAGUCAGGAGAGACUUAGCUUCCCUCUCCUCCCCUUCCUGUGACCCCCACCCCCACCCCAGGGGGCCACCCAUGGCUCAGGGCCCUGGAAUUAUGUUUUCUGAUCUGUUUGGGGAAUUCUUUAAAAAGAUGUUACAUGGUGUUUCGAAGCCAGCAAGUUACCACCCUCCGGUGUCUCUUCUCUCCAUAUCUGUAACUUCUUUUUCCAGGUUUUAUUUUCAAUUUUAAAUUCCUAAUAAAUUAUUUGAAAAUGGUGCCGGGCUUGUGUUUUGUGUCUCCCUGUGCAUUCAAGUCUCCAUACCUCAAUGAUACCGUUUUCCCUUCCCUUCUCUUUUCCUCCAGAAUAGUUUUCACUUGAUCAGCUUCCAUCUCCAACUUCUUGACCAGCCUCAAAGCUUG